AUGUUCAACAGCAGACAUCCUAGACUCAGCAAAAGAGGAAGAAUAUGGGGAUUGUGCAUCCUUUUGCUUUACACCAACCCCCUUUCCUGUUUGGCAAAUUUCAGUCAAGCAAAAGAGCUCAUCUAUAAGAUAAAGGAGGGAUUACCAAGGGGGACUUUUAUAGGAGCUAUUGGAGUAGAUUUAAAUUUGGAUUUCUCUGUUGACCCCCCCUUUAUAUUCAGUCUCGCUCAAAAGAAGGUCAGUGAACAGUAUGUGAACCUAAAUAAUACCACCGGGGAGCUUUACACAUCUGCUACAGAGAUUGACAGGGAGACUCUCUGUGCUGAUAACUUAGAGGGGCAGGGAUGUGUCCUCUCACUGGAUGUGUUUGUGCUGCCUCAACAAUACUUUCAGCUUGUCAAAGUAAAGAUUCUCAUUGAGGAUGUUAAUGACAACAGGCCAAAGUUCCCCACAGAUGAGAUCGCUAUGUCUGUCCCUGAAAACGCACCAAUCAAUGCUCGCUAUGCAGUAGAGCAAUCGGCAGUUGACCCAGACCUGGGUCCUCAUGGAGUGCAAACCUACUGGCUGGUUAAUGACUUUGGAAUGUUCACAUUGGAUGUUGAGGAGAAUGAAGGAGGUGAGCUGACGCCUUUCCUCAUUGUGACAGAAGCUUUGGACCGAGAGACUCAGGCGGAAUACAUUACCGAUAUAAUUGCAGAGGAUGGGGGGACCCCUCCUCUACUUGGUGCUGCGACUUUGAAAAUUGUCAUCACGGAUGUGAAUGAUAACUGUCCCCAAUUCAAAGAGUCACAAAUUAAUGUCACUCUGCAUGGGAAUACCACCAAAGGGGUACAUUUGGCACGUCUGCAUGCUUUUGACCCUGACCUUGGUGCUAAUGCUCAGAUCAGCUAUGCUUACAGUGAACGCGUGCCAAGGGACACCAGGAGCUUGUUCCAUUUGGACAAAAUUACAGGAGUGAUCAAGCUCGCAGGGAAAAUAGACACUGGCACAGCCACAUUUUACAAACUCACUGUUCUGGCUACUGGACCUGGUUGUAUUCCUGCUGUAGCCACUGUUAUUGUCCAUAUCAUCAAAGUUGUCACUGGACCCCCUACUCUCAUACCCCGGUACAUUGCGCCAGAAAAAGAUGGGGUGGUAACAAUAAAGGAAUCUGAACCAGCUUUUUCUCCAAUUGCUUUUUUUACUGUUAAAAACAUUGAUAAGAACCAAAGGGUGGACUGUUAUUUGGAAGGACCUGGUCCCUUCAGGUUGAGCCCCUAUCAGCUGUUCAAGAAUGAAUACCUGUUGGAGACAACAGAGCCCUUGGACUUUGAGAGGACACAGGAGUAUGAUCUUAUUUUGGUUGCUAAUAGCACCCGUGGGAUCGUUAUCAAGACCUUCCUUAAGGUGCAAGUUUUGGACGAAAAUGACAAUGCCCCUGUGUUUCAGCAGUCGUUGCUGGAGAUAUCAGUUGAAGAAAACAAUCCGCCAAACACUUUUCUCACUCAGCUCCAAGCGUCAGACCAGGACAGUGAAAGCAGAGGGGAAGUUCUUUACCUCCUCGGAGGCGACGCCCCUGGUAUUUUUGUUGUGGAUCGAGUUACAGGUAUCCUGACUGUGGCCACAUCACUGGACCGUGAGGAGAAAGAGACAUACCGGUUCAUCGUGAGAGCGGUGGACCAGGGGACACCCAGAAGGGAGUCAAUUGCAACAGUGGUGGUGACCGUGCAAGAUCGCAAUGACAACAGUCCACGAUUCAUCAACAAGGAUUUCACUUUCUUUGUGCCAGAGAACUUCCCAGGUUAUGGUGAGAUCGGUGUCCUCUCUGUGACUGAUGCUGAUGCUGGAGAAAAUGGCUGGGUGGCCCUCUCCAUCCUGAAUGGCAGUGACAUUUUUAUGAUAGACACAGGCCGAGGGGCACUGAGGGCAAAGACAUCACUGGACCGGGAGCAGCAGGGGACCUACCAGCUAUGGAUCGAGGCUGUUGAUGGUGGGGAGCCUGCUCUCUCCUCUGUCACAAUGGUUACCGUGCUGCUGCUGGAUGUAAAUGACAACCCACCAAUCGUCCUCUUUCCUCAGUCGAAUCAGUCUUACAUGCUAGUGCUACCCAACACUGUACCAGGAACAUCAAUCACAGAGGUGUACGCUGUGGAUAAAGAUACAGGGAUGAAUGCUGUGAUCGCCUACAGUAUCAUUAAAAGGAAAGGCGGUGAGCCCGGGUCUUUUGCCAUUGACCCAGAAACAGGAAAUAUCACAUUAAAGAGGGAGCUCAGCAAUCGUGGCCUAUACAGCCUUCUGGUGAAGGUCAGUGAUCAUGGUCAACCUGAACCUCUGUACUCAACAGUUAUGGUUAACUUCUUUGUCAAUGAAACAGUGAGUAAUGAAAGUUACAUUCAAAGUCUGCUGACCAGAGAGGCUGACAUAGAGGUAGAGGAGAGGCCCUGGUACAUUGGCCAGAUGGCAGAGGGGCCUGAGAGGUAUGAGCCAUUCCCGUGUCAGCCUGUCCUCAUUGCUCUUUCAGUGACGUGUCUGGGGCUGUUCUUCUUGGUUGUCACGCUGACGUCUUACAUAUGCUGUAGGAGGUUUAAAAAGAACAGGAUGAAAAGAUCAGAAGUGGAAAUACCUUUAAAAAUUCAAAAUGACUCGAUGCAGGUUGUGAACAGAAAGCUCAGACAGAUCUCUAACAUCUGAUGUUCAGUUGUUCACUCGUUCAAACAAAAAAAACACCACCACUGUUUACAUAAAUGUUUACAAAACUCACU